AUGGAGGAUGACUAUAGUAAGGAUGACAGGAUGGAGGAUGACUAUAGUAAGGAUGACAGGAUGGAGGAUGGCUAUAGUAAGGAUGAUAGGAUGGAGGAUGACUAUAGUAAGGAUGACAGGAUGGAGGAUGGCUAUAAUAAGGAUGGCAGGAUGGAGGAUGGCUAUAGUAAGGAUGGCAGGAUGGAGGAUGGCUAUAGUAAGGAUGGCAGGAUGGAGGAUGACUAUAGUAAGGAUGACAGGAUGGAGGAUGACUAUAAUAAGGAUGAUAGGAUGGAGGAUGACUAUAGUAAGGAUGACAGGAUGGAGGAUGACUAUAGUAAGGAUGACAGGAUGGAGGAUGGCUAUAGUAAGGAUGGCAGGAUGGAGGAUGACUAUAGUAAGGAUGACAGGAUGGAGGAUGACUAUAGUAAGGAUGACAGGAUGGAGGAUGACUAUAGUAAGGAUGAGGAUGGAGGAUGA